AACGUCCUCCAGACACCAUGAGGACCUUCAGUCUCCUCGUCUGCUCUCUAGCCCUCGUGACCUCGGCGACCUCGGCGACCUCGGCGACCUCGGCGACAUCAGGGACCCUCGACCCCCCGGGACCCUGCACGGAUCAGGAUUUUGGGUCCCACUGUUCUGACCGUCAGAAGGAGAACGGAGAGGAACCGGAACCUGGAUCAGAUCUCACACGGGAGAUACGAGCAGAAGAUCGAGUUGCACGUCCGGGAGCAACCACCAGCGCCGAGCUUCAUCAGGAACAACCGCCCCCUGUAGGUCUGGAGUCACCAGAUGAACCAGAUGAAGAGCAAACAGAGCUGAAGAACACUGAGGAUCCAGGAGAAUCAGAAAACCAUCAGGUGAAGUCUGACGUCCCUGAGCACUUGGGUUCUUCACGGAUGUCCAGAUUAACCGAAGAUCAGAGUCCGGAUCUGAAAGGGUUCAUUGCUGCAGACGUGAUGGAGGAACGUGUGGACGAGGAAGACGUACUAGAUGGAACCAGCGCAGAUGUCAGAGGAACGUCAUCAGAGGUCGAGGGACCAGGAACGGUGGAGGAACCGGGCGAAGGAGCUGAGAAGAUUCCUGAAUCAGGAGCAGAUCUGUGUGAUCCGGAUCAGGAAGGAUGUCGGAUCAGAACCGGAUCACGACCAGCUUCCAGUUCAGACAGAGUGAGAGAAGGAAACGUAACCCGCUCGACUGUAAACACAGGAACACAGGGACGUCAGGGUCCGUCUGGACCGUCUGGUUUGCUAGGACCGUCUGGACUGAAAGGAGAGAAAGGCUCUGCCGGGGCGUCGGGUCGGACCGGGCGUAAAGGGCACCGUGGUCCUGUCGGCCCUCCUGGCUCCCCCACCGUGGUUCUGUGGACGACGUCUGAGGAGGAGUGGAGAGAUUUCAGGAAGAGUGAACUCUACAGAAACAUGAGCGCAUCCUGGCCGAGAAGAAAAGGACAACCAGGACCGGCUGGACAACCGGGACAUCCUGGACCACCAGGGCCUCUGGGAGUUCCAGGGAAACAUGGCAGGAAAGGAACAGUGGGGCCCAUUGGCAGAGCAGGGCCUCCUGGGAUACCGAGACCUCCAGGAAGGCCGGGACGAGAUGGCGAGGCGGGUAAAGACGGAGAAUCCGGCGUGGCGGGACAGGCAGGAGAAGAUGGUUUACAGGGUUACAGAGGAGAACAGGGUAUUCAAGGAGAGCCGGGUGACUGGGGUUACAGGGGUGAGGCGGGACCUCAGGGGGAGCGAGGUGGGCGUGGCCGGAGGGGUAAUAAAGGUGAAACUGGUCUGACUGGAAUCACUGGUUACAUCGGUUCACCUGGACCCAGAGGACAGCGGGGGCUGAUGGGAACUCCUGGUCCUCCAGGGGAUCCGGGCUGGGUCGGGUUCAGUGGAGCUCCGGGUCCAGCGGGGAGCGCGGGUGCUAGAGGUGCUAAAGGAGUGCCGGGUGUUAAAGGACCUCCAGGUCAGCCCGGUGAGAUCGGAUACAGAGGAGCCGCCGGAAAACCAGGAGAUCACGGUUCUGAUGGUGUUAUCGGUUUUCCCGGUGAUGGAGGUCCUCAGGGUGAACCAGGGCCGGGCGGAGCCCCGGGUCCCAAAGGAAAUCCCGGGUCGAGCGGAAACGAGGGCGAUAUCGGGGAACCUGGAACUCCGGGACCAAAAGGUGCUGCUGGGAAACCAGGGAGAGUCGGUCCCUCAGGUGAUCCAGGUCUGAAGGCUGAAAACGGGACUAAAGGAGAACCAGGACAGAUAGGAGAUCAGGGGUCUCCGGGGCCCCCCGGUCUGCGCGGCUUCAGGGGUCGAGCGGGUCGUUCCGGAGUUCAGGGAGAACCCGGGUCGUCCGGACCCCCCGGGAUGGGCGGGUCUCAGGGUGAGGAGGGAGGCGCCGGAGAGCAGGGCAAACAGGGCGGAGACGGACCGAAGGGAGAACGUGGUGCUGAUGGUGCGACUGGAGUCGCGGGACCAAAAGGAGACAAAGGUCGACCUGGACGAGGUGGAUUCUUCGGUGUACCAGGUCCUCUGGGAGAAAUGGGUAAAUCAGGAGAGCGAGGAUCUGACGGAGAGCCUGGUAUCAAGGGUAGGAGAGGGUUUCCAGGAGGACCCGGAGCUAAAGGUCUGAAGGGUCUGCAGGGUUUUCCGGGAACUCCGGGGCCGGAUGGGAUUCAUGGUUCUCCGGGAGCAGCAGGACCCGCGGGAUCGAGCGGAGACUCCGGUUCUUCAGGACCCAGAGGGAUUCUGGGAAAGCCAGGCGCUGCUGGUGCACAAGGUCGUGUCGGAAACACCGGGGAUCCCGGAGGUAGAGGUCUCACCGGCAAACCAGGAAAACCUGGAGUCAAGGGAAUGAAGGGUGCAGCCGGUCCUGAUGGAAUCCCCGCCGCUCCAGGACAGAAGGGGGUUCGGGGACACGAGGGUCCUAAAGGAAAUCCCGGUCGCCCCGGAUCUCGAGGUUUCCCGGGACAGAAGGGUUUCAGAGGACCGACGGGUGUAGAAGGAAACAUGGGUGUGUGGGGUGAGAUCGGCCUCUGGGGGCCACCAGGAGAUCGAGGGCCUCCGGGAGCAGCCGGUCCGGCGGGGGUGCCCGGAUACUCGGGAAGAGACGGAGCUGCAGGAGCUUCAGGACCUCCAGGAGAAACAGGACAGAAGGGAUUUUCAGGACCGGCGGGUCUGACCGGUGCUGCUGGACUGGACGGUGACGAGGGCGUGGCAGGACUGACGGGACAAGCCGGACCCCGAGGACUGAAGGGAGAACCGGGUGAGAAGGGGAGCCCCGGAUCUGCUGGAGUUCAGGGACCGAAGGGUGCGAGAGGAGAACCAGGAGGACGAGGGUCGACGGGGACGAAGGGCCCGACCGGCCGACAGGGACAGCUCGGCUCUAACGGGCGGACGGGAGACCAAGGACCCCCUGGAGAAAAGGGUGAAUCCGGAUCCAGGGGACGUCCAGGUUCAUCAGGUAAAUACGGUCCAGGUGGUAAAACAGGACCGACCGGAGCCAAAGGAGAGGAGGGUGAACGCGGACUCCCUGGAGAGAGGGGAAUUCUGGGGCCUCCUGGAGCUGCAGGUCCCACUGGAACACCAGGUUUAACAGGAACGAGAGGUUUGAAUGGGAUCACUGGGCGUCAGGGAGCAAAAGGAGAUGUUGGUGAACGAGGCGAGCCUGGAGAUCAGGGUGAAAAGGCGGCAGCAGGUGUUGAGGGUUUGAGAGGAAUGAAAGGAGAAACUGGAGGAAAAGGAAAACAGGGCCCUGUCGGAUCUUCAGGACCUAAAGGACCUGUUGGAGAGAGGGGUACAUCAGGGGUUCCUGGACCCCCUGGUCUCACAGGGUUUAAAGGAGACCCCGGACCAGAGGGGGAAGCUGGACUUCCUGGGAGGAGAGGCGACAGAGGCGUGGCUGGAGAACCUGGAGCUCGAGGGCCGAAGGGAAGACGCGGCUCCCGCGGGGAUCCAGGAACUCCAGGUGUCGGCGGGACUGACGGGUUGUUGGGAGUUCAAGGGAACGAGGGAGAUGAGGGUAACAAGGGUCACAGAGGAGCUCCAGGAAGACCAGGACAACCAGGCAGACCAGGUCCUGCUGGAGUUCCUGGAGUUCAGGGGAAACGUGCAGUGACCGGCCUGAAGGGUUCCUCUGGAGAGCGAGGAGAACCUGGACCUCCUGGACCAGUCGGACCGAGCGGGGUUCCUGGACUGAGUGGAGAUAAAGGAGACGUGGGUCCUCCAGGAUGGAAGGGACUUUCUGGAGGACGUGGAGGAGCUGGAGCUGAAGGACCUCAAGGGCUGAAGGGAGAACGAGGAGCUCCUGGAGCAAAAGGUCACACAGGUCCAAAAGGUGCACAGGGUGAUUCAGGACCUCCAGGUUCUUCAGGUUCUCCUGGUGUUCCUGGUGUUCCUGGACUCGCGGGGACGAGAGGUACGAAGGGCGUCCAGGGGUCACCGGGACCGAAAGGAGUGAAGGGACCCAGAGGAGAACAGGGAACUCCUGGAACCCCCGGAACUCCUGGAACUCAACGAAGAGGAUCCCAAAAUGUCGCCAAAACUAAAUUAAAACCUGAGCGGACCCCGAGGUCUCUGAACUGGGAUUCUGAGGAAUACGAUUGGCCUCGAGGGAGUAAAGAGAACCCGGCGUCGACGUGCAGAGAACUAGCGCUGGAUCAUCGGCAGCGUGACGACGGAUUUUACUACGUGGAUCCGAACGCCGGCAGCCCGAGUGACGCCCUGCGUGUUCUCUGUAACUUCACAGCUGGUGGACUCACCUGUAUCUCACCUGUCCAAUCACAGAUUGUAGGUGACUGGUCCACAGAGAGGAGAAACAAAGCGCAGUGGUUCAGUGAGAUCCAGAACGGAUUCAGGUUUGAAUAUUCGGAUGUGAACGUGGUCCAGCUGAGAUUCCUGAGGUUACACAGCGACUCGGCUACACAAACUCUCCACGUCUCCCGUCCUGCUGGAGGAAACGUCACGCUGAGCAUCGCUCUGGAUCUUCUGGCAGAUUCAGGAGGUGAGAUCACGUCCCCCUGCAUCACCACGACGGAGCGCGGCUGUGAGAUCAGAAUUCAGGGAAGAAAUAAAGACAUGGAGCUGCUGCCCGUCAGAGACCUGCGACUAUCACCCACACAACACCAGCAGAACAUCAUCAGAGCUGAACUGGGUCCAGUCUGCUUCCUAUAGAACCCAACAGACACACUGUUAAUGCACUACAUGGUCGAAAGUAUUGGGACGCCCCGUCUAAUGACUGAAUUCAUGUGUUUCAGCCACGACCGUUACUAACAGGUGUAAUAAAUCAAUCAUAUUAAGAAAAUCUUUGUAGGAACAGUUUAGGGAAGGACCUUUCCUGUUCAAGUAUAAACAAGCUCUAUAAAGACAUGAGGAAAAGCUCCAGUGUCCUGCCCCACUCAACAGCUCCGGGAUGAACCGGAACACAGACUGAGUAUCAGUGCCCAUUCACACCAAUGCAGGGCACAAAUUCCCACACACAGACACACUCCAACCUCCUGUAAGAAGCCUCUCAGAAGAGCGGCUGCUGUUCAUGCCGACCAGCUCAUGCUCAGGUGUCCGAAUACUUUUGACCAUGUGGUGUAUAUUUACAUUAUUUAUUUGGAGAAUGAACCCAGUAUUCCAUCUCACUCAAGUGUGAUGGUUUAGAUGCAUCUAUAGUGCUGGUUUUGUGUUCAAAACACAACAAACGCUGGUCAGCUCACGUUCAUUGUUGGUGCUGUUGGACCACCGAGCACAAACCAGUAGCUCCCAGUUUAAAGCUGCAGCAGGAACCAGUGUGGAACAGAGCGGGACUCCGGUGAAAACUGUUCUGCAGUUCAUUAAAAAUUGAGCAUAAACGCUGUUCGUCUCCCUGAUUCACUUCAAACGUUUAUAUUCAACUGAAUUUAUUUUUGCACCCGGUCCAGUCGUGACUAAUCUGAGCUUUUCAACUGCAGACCGCUUCUUUUCACCUGCCAGGGGGGCGGAGUCUCACAGAGCACAGUAUCGCAGUACAUCUCGACCAGUCAGCAGAGGGCGCACUUUCAUCGGUUCGGCCAGUCGCGUGUCUGUGUGGCGCCUGGUCGGCGGAUAGCCAUCGUGUCUGGAUCUGGUAGAGUUCAGUGCUUCAGUGCUGUGUUAGAAUUGUGUAGAAAUAAUUGUGAUCUAUUUGAAAUGUUUUAGAUGAAAUUGACGCUGUUUAAAUGUUACAGCUGUUUUGUUUACAAUAAAAUACUUAUUUUCUUUAUUUUAUUUUUGAUAUUUGGUAAAUAAACCACAUUAGUGUUGCUUUAUUUGUAUGAGUUUAAGACGUUUAAGACGAUCUUUUACGUGUCUGUGAUGUAGAAAUGCACUAAUAAAG